AUGUUACUCAAAUGCACGAUUGUGUGUGUGGUGCUUUCAAUGUCCAACUUUUUUGUUCCAAUACUCUCUGACAACCGAGAAAGCCACGAAGAGGACAUCAUCCAAAGAGUAGAGCCUAAAGACCAACGAGCCAAAUAUGUCGCAGAUCCCGACCAUCACGAGUUUUACCAACCCAAGAACUCCGAAACGGCAAGAGGAAAUAGAAAUCAUUGGUCUAACGAUUCGGAUCCGACUGAAAUGGACGAGGAAGCCAUCGAUCACGAGGAAUACAUGCGAAAAGUUGCAGAAGGUCCCACAACAUCAAAGAAAUCCGAAUCCAGUACCGCGUUUACUCUGGAAACUUUGACUGAGGAGCCUUCAAAAGCUCCUCCAACCACAUCGGACACGAUCGUUGCUAACAGCGAGAAUAUGGUCCAGAUACCGGAGGGGAAAGUCCUUUUCUAUUUCCCGAUGUUGGAGUCGAAGUCCGGAGAUCGAUUGCCUUCCGUGAUUGGUGUGCCAUUGGCAUCCUUGGAACGUGGUCCCCAAUCUACGGACAUGCUAAAUAAUAGAAUGUCCGGAUCGUCAAUUUUUAACAAACCAAAGGAGAAAACGAGCCUAAACGAUGGUUCCGAGGAUUUAAAUCCAAAUAAGUUGUUUUCUUGUGUACCAAGAUACGGUUGUCGCAUGGGACUAGUUUGUGUCGACGGACUUUGUCAUGGAUGUGAAAGUACCCAGGAAUGUUAUGGAAAUGAAAUAUGCGUUUUGGGGAAACCACUCAUCAAAUUUGCAAUGGGUUUAAGUCUUGGCAUUGGUGGAGGCACUCAAGCUCGAGCUCAUUCCAAGAUCAAUCGCUCCGUGUCUCCUCGACAAUCAUCAGCACACGCUCAAGAGUUAGUUGGGCUUGAACGACUAAUCGGCUACAUGGGACAACACUUUCCGGAAGGGACCAAACGAUGUGUAGAAUGUGGCUGGAUUUCGACAAUUGACAAACAAAAACGGAGCCUAGGAAAUGUUUUUAGAUCUCAAUACCCCAAUGAAGGGUUAUCCAGGACUUUAUUCAGGAGAACCACGGACGAUUCUCAAAUCAAAAUCCGUUUCAUCAACAUAUCCCCCCUCGAGAUUGAAAUCGUUUCACGUAACGAUCAAGGCCAUGUAACACCUUUGGGAACCUUGUCCCCCCCAGUAAAGGUAUCUAAUUGCAAGGCAUGGACGGAUGUAUCAGUGACAGGUGGAGUGAUCUUGGAGGCGUGGUCCAAAGAAGAACCUCAACGAUAUUUGUACGUGGGUGGAAGAACAGAGGCAAAAGCCUCCAAAGAGUGGAGUGUUCAAGAGAGUGGGGUCCUUGUUCCAAUCGCAUGCCAACGACAUCGAUUCGAUUUGGUGGAAAAUCGAGCUUAUGACAACGGUGAACUAGAUGAUUGGUGUUUUUGAUGACAUGGUUGACAUUAAAAAGACGAGUAGUCGAGUAUUCCAA